AUGUUUCAGCAAAUUCAGAACGAUGAACAUGAGCCAAAACGGGCGAGCAAUCUGUACUGGCCCUUUUGUGAUCGCGGAGAGUGGUCACUCGGUAAAUUUCUAGUUGAGACCAUGACGCAGACAGAGAUUGAUCGUUUUCUCAAACUAUCUUGGACCACACAGUUUGAAGUCCAGGGGUACACCACUGUCGCUCCCAUUAAUCUGAUAUGGCACAAUGGUCUUGAAGUUGCAAAGAGCCUCUUUGGUAACCCAAUUUUCGCUCAAAAUAUGUCUUUUGACCCUCUACAUGUCUGGGAGGGUGUGCAGCGAGAGUAUGGAGAGUGGUUCACAGCAAAUCAAGGAUUCUCGAUGCAGCUGCCUGAAGGGGCGACUAUCAUGCCCAUAAUAGCUGCAUCAGAUAAGACACCUGUCACGAGACAGACAGGCGGUCCCGAAAUGCACCCUCUUUUCCUCACUAUCAGCAACAUUGACUCUGAUGUUUGUAUGAAGGCUACAUCCCAUGCUUGGCAAUGUGUGGCAUAUAUACCAAUCCCCAAGUUUGAAACACAUUCUGAUUAUCACACCAUCCUGAAGUCGCGUGUCUGGCACAACUUAAAAGUCGCAGCAAAGGUCAGUGAUGAACUUCAAUAUUGCUUUACCCCUCUCGUUGCUUGGAUUGCAGACCUUCCAGAACAAUUGAUGAUCGCCUCUGUGUCAAAGAACACAUCCCCCAUCACAUUGGCCGCUCACAAGCAAUUCGGGGAUGCCAACUGUCACAAUCCUCACACAGUGGAGCAUACUCUAGAACUAUUGUACAUUCUCAGCCAGUUCGUUGACCCGUGGAAUCUUGACUGGUUCCAGAAGAAGGCAAAGGAGCUUCUUCUUCUAGGCAUGCAUCUUCUGUUCUGGCGCGACUGGCCACUUACCCAGGUCUUCAUUUUCCUUGUCCCCGAAAUCCUUCACACCCUCCACAAAUUCUUCUUUGACCAUCUGUUUGACAAGUUUGACGCACACUACAAGAGUCAUCACAAGUGUAUCGGUGUGCGUCACUUCUCCUCUGGAAUCUCACAUGUGGCACAGAUGACUGAACGAGAGCAUCGUGAGAUCCAGCACACCAUUGUCACCAUGAUUUCAGGUGCUGCUCCCCCUGAAUUUGUGCGACCUAUUCAUGCUCUCAUCAACUUCAUGUAUCAAGCACAAAACCCCAUCCAUACAGAAUCAACCAUCGAAGCAAUGCAAGCAUCACUUCCAGAAUUUCACGAUUGCAAGGCGGCAAUCCUGGAAGCUGAAGUGCGUCAGGGGGAAAGCAGCGUCAAGGAGGAUUUCUACAUACCAAAACUCAAACUCCUUCUGAGCUUUGCGGAGUCCAUUAGGAACAAUGGCGGACUGAUACAGUUCACUGCAGAUAUUAGUGAACGGCUUCUGAUCACACAUUGCAAAAGUCCAUUCACAAGGACGAGCAAACAGAAAGAUUUUGGGGAGCAGAUCGUCCACAUCCUUGAUUGUCAAGAGCAGAUGCGGCAGUUCGAUCCAUAUAUCCUCCUUUGCCAACACAACCAAGCUCUCAUUAAUGCUGUUGUCGAUGAAGAUGAGGAAGUAUACACCAUGCAUCCGACGAUGGCAUGGGUUUCUCAGGUUGCCCCUGAUGAACAACAUCAUUUUAGUGCCCCCAGGCCCAUAUGUAACCAUUUUACCAAGGGUAUCCUCUCCAAUAAUGCCAAUGCAGCACUUACAGUCACUCGCACUCCUGACUGCUCAAAUAUCAGCUGGCCUGAUGUGAUGCACACCUAUGGACUCCCUGAUCUUCAUCACAAGAUGUUUAGCACCAUCAAGGUUUGGUCUAAGUUCUGUAUCCAACUGCAUUCGACAUUUCGCCCAUCAAUUAUCAUGCCUAGCCGGGCUGUCCAAGCACAACCACCGAGUGAUACAUUUCCAUCCGGAAAUUGUGAUGUGAUUUUCUUGGACACAGAUCAAAGCACAAAUAACCCUGGUUUUGCUCAAGUUCAUAUUGUAUUCCAGCUGGCUCCACCCCAACGCUCAACUGCAAUACUUCCUGACUUCUUGUUGCACCCCCUCCUCUAUCCCAAAACACGCACUGGGUUUGUCAUUCCCAUAAUGAAGGUAACACACGCUACAGAGUUGGUUCCAGUGUAUGGAGAAAAAUUUGACCGCUCCGUGACUUCAGCAAUGUCUCAAGAGCACUAUGACCACUUUUAUCUCAACCAUUAUGCAGACAAGGAGAUCUAUAACGUGUUGCAUGAAUCGUUGGACACUGAGUAUACUCUUUAG